AUGACUACAAUGCCAAUUCCCAUGAUGUCGCAUCGCUCCCUCUCCUCAACCCCAAUCGACAUGCAAUCCCCAUUCAGCUACUCGGACUCCUUCUCCUCCUACUCCUCCUCCCCCGGAGGAAUGGAUUUCUUCUUCUACGGGAGCCAGCCAGUCUACGACUCGCUUUGCGACCUCGACUCCGCCUCAUUCCCCAUGCAAGAGGUCACUCCCGACGUCUACGGCGUCACCAGCAGCCCCUUCACCUACACUUCACCCCAUGACUAUCCCGUCUAUGAUCAACACAUGGUCCCUCAAAGUGCCCCCAGCAGCUGCGGUAGCAGCUACAGCAGCAACUUCAACUUCCCAGCCGAGGACAUCUCAUUGCCCCAAUACCCGGUGACAUACGACUCGGGAUGCGACUCACCAGCUCCUAUUUCCACCUCAGCCAAGCCUGCUAAGCCUUUCGCUUGCGACGACUGCGGGAAAGGGUUCACGCGCUGCGCCGACCUCAAGCGCCACCAGUCCAGCGUGCACAACCCUGUUUUCCGCAACUGCCCCAUUGAUCAUUGCCCGCGCAAGGGGAGCAAUGGCUUCCCGCGCCAGGAUCACCUCGUCGAGCACCUGCGCGCAUACCACCACAUGGAUCUGCCCAAGCGGAACGGAAACAAGAGAUCCGCUAAGCAUAUCUCAUGA